AUGGACGAUCCAGCCUUCAUGCUCUUGCAACUGCAAGAGAACCUACGCUUCGUACAUCCAGGUGCGCGCGUUCUCUCUUGCAUGGUCAGCGAUGAGAACAGAGCACCAUACUGGACUUAUGUCAUCCUCACCUACGAUCCCCGUGGCAACGUCCAAACUUACCUCGAUCCCUACGACUGUCGCACCGCCAAAUGGACCAACCAACCUCUGGAAGCCCUCAAGAAGAUGCACUUGGAAAUCGCCGCACAAGUCACUGACAAGCUGAUCAUUGACAACCAUCACCCUCUGAGACAACUGGAGGAGCAGCGACUUGAUGAAGCAGCUGAACGCACCGCAUCGAGCGCAAGCAACAAUCACACUGGAAGCCGUCGUGGUCCGCAGCAGCCAAUGGCUCCAAUCUCUGCUUCUCGUCAAACCUCAGAGCAUCUCAGAUCGCAAAACUCAGACAACCCUCCAGCAUACCAGUCCCAAGAGACGAGUUCAGCCUAUGUCCAACGAUCUGGUCGUCUCUCAACCCGUGAUACGUUGGACUCGAUAGACAGAGUCUCAUCAAGCAGAUCCCGCAAGAUAGAAGGGUUCGACGGUUCAGGCCGAGCUGGUUCUCCUGUUCAUCUCCCUCUCGUCACCUCCCCUACUGAGUUACUCUUUCCUGAUCCCAAGGAGAAAGGCUCACCUGGAACUACUCCAGCUGGAGAAGGUUGGCGACAGCAAACUGCAGUGACCGGCACCCGCGACUAUCUCCGCUCUACACACAGCCAGCCUCGCACAUCAGGCUCGAACAUGCGUGCAUCGAAUCACGAAAAGGCAAAGACAGACUCUCAGGUUUCUCGGAUCAAUGCCUUACCUCGUUCCAGAGUCCAACAGUCACAGCCACUGAACCCAAGGGCUGCUACAUUCGGCAACGCACCUGUGGGACCCUCCACUCAACCUCCUGUCCAAAAUGACAAAAUCCCCAUCUCUCGCCCCACAAAUGACUACUCGACCGCCCAAGGCGUUCACGGCAUGCAAGCUCUUCAUCCCAGUACCACCAUCAACCCCCUGCACCGACGUCAACGCCAGGAGCCACUUCCGCAACUAUUGUCUUCACGCCCACCGUACCAAGGCGCCUCAGAAGUGGACCUCCAACUUCCACCAUCAGUUUUGGAUCUCAUGUACACUGACCUCGAAGAAUUCCUUCGUCAAGUGGAGAUCCACAAGCGCGAGCAGUUUGGUCCCCAUGAUAUUCUGGCCCCCAUCGGAGAUUCGGCUUCUGAAUUUGCUAGGGAUAUCGAUGCAGAUCUUGAUGAUGGUGUUGUUAGUGGUGGUGGUGUUGUCUCUCUGGUGGCACGUAUCCGCGACUAUCGUCCUCAAUCGCCCAGGGGCAGUAUCUCUUCGGGCGAAACCGUCAAGGCGAGCGAUACUCUGCAUCGCAGAAGAAGGGUCACUCAGAGACGCUACGGAGAGAAUGAGACCGGAGAUCCCUUGCCCCCUGCUGCACCUUCGCCUCCACCCAACGACGUGUACCCUGCCGGUCUGCCCGUGUACCCGCCCACACUGGUAAACUCUGUCUCGGGUGCUUCCGUGCGCAGGAACGCUAGCAGUGCUGCUCGUAUGAACGCAGCAGAUCGUAUCUCUUCCAUGAGCGCGACUCAGAGUAUCCGCAGACCCACUCCUCUUGGUCCGAGAAGUGUGUCAAGUGUUUCUCGACAGGGUACAUUUGACGAGCGCCACGACAACAACGAGAAUGAGAGAUUGCUUGGAGGAGAGGAGAGAGGAGGCAGUAGACGUGUGUCUCAGAACCAUGAGGAGGGCAACCAAGGUGAGCGAACGCUGGUCCCACACACCGCUCCCACACCCAACCCUCUAGCACCCUCCAAGCCUACAGCUAUGCACUCCAGUACCGCACUUCUCCCGCUUUUGGCGCCUCACCUCCUUUCCGACCCUCCCAUCUCUUCAGACGCUACGAUCGACCCUUCAAUGUCCGUGACUACAGCUGAGUCUUUCAACGUUACGAUCAAAGGAAACCCCAGAUUUCGAGCUUUCAGCAAAUUGUGGACGAUGGGAAGGAAAGUGAGUGGGAAGACUGUCGGUGGUGGUGGACGCGGUGGUGAGAGAAAAGAAAGUGCCUCCCCUUCUCGAUAUCUGAUUCAGAGGGACUUUCUCCAGAACGAGCCGAAAACUAAGACAGAAGAAACAGCCAAAUUAGACGUGGGAAUCAGACAAAAAGGCGAUGGCAAAAAGCAAAUGUGGGUACGGGACAUCUCAGAUGGCGAGAAAAAGACAAAGAGACAGGAAGAGGAAGAGUUAAUAAUUCCAACGUCUUCAAUUGUCCCUCGUGAUAUAAACAAGAAGGAUAUGGAAAAAGAGACAACUCCGACUGACGCUCACUGCUGCAUUUCAUCAUUUGUUGUCAAGAAGGGAAGAAAAGAAAGAUUUCCCAUUUGGGAAUCGAAAGAAAAGAAGGGGAAGAGGAAGUCGACGAAGAAGACAAGAGUCGGCGCAGGAUAG